AUGAGGACUGUAUACCCUUCUUUCCUCUCUGCAGUUGACCGACUGUCCUGGUUGCUCUUUGCUCUGUUUACAUCAUGGAUAGUCCUGGGUUCAGCAGACACAAAGCAGACAAGCUGGCCAUUACACCCCAAGAAGCCAGUUAUUAUUGUCUGGAACGCUCCCACUCAGGACUGUGAGACACAAGAACGUGUUAAGUUAUCAUUAGACCAGGUUGACAUAGUGUCAUCCCCAGCUCAGGGCGUUGUCGGGCAGGCUCUCACAUUGUUCUAUAAGGACAACCUCGGGAUUUAUCCUUAUUAUGACACUAAAGACACAGAAGUGAAUGGGGGCCUUCCACAAAGUGUCAGUCUCUCUCAGCACCUUGAAAAAAUGUCUAAGGAUCUAGAUACAUACAUACCAGACCACCAGGCUAAAGGUGUGUCUGUCAUUGACUGGGAGGAAUGGCGCCCCUUGUGGAUCCGAAACUGGUCUGCCAAAGAUAUCUAUAGAAGGAAAUCACGUGAGCUGUUGGCCAAAAAGAACUCUACAUUGACUCAAGGGCAAGUGGCGACUGCUGCAAAAGAAGAA